AUGAAUCAAGCAUACAUUGUCGCCACAAUGUUUCAACACUCACAACAUAAAACAAGAAUUAAUUUCUCGGAUCAAACUCUCGUGAGAAGAUAUUUAAAUAAUUUUGUAACUUUUCGUCUUUUUCCAUCGCAUCGUCAACAUCCUCUUAUACUGAAUAAUAAUUUGAGGGAGAAAAAUUGUCCAUUGAGAGAGCUUUUGAUGUGCCAGAGGGAAAAAGAAAAAGAAAAACGCGUGACUCCCUAG